CCCUUAUUUUACCGACUUUACUCCUUUAAUCGAUUUUUAUCAACCCACUCCUUCAACAACAUGUCUUUCAAAUCCUUUGCUAUCUUGGCUCUCGCGACUGGCUUCGCUGUUGCCAAACCUGUUCCCUCUUAUGAGAAGCGCAACAUUGGUGGUGUCGGCGGUGACUUCUCUGUCAACAAGCUCAAUGUAAACAACGUCUUCGGCAACCAAAACGGCUUCGACUUCAUUGGUGGCUUUGGAAACUUCCAGAGGCAGCAAGAGGUCGUGCAGAUCCAGCAGCAAAACAUCCAGCAAGUCAACUUCGGCGGCUUCCAGGCCCAAGUUGUCGAGCAAGUCAACCAAGUCCUUGUUGUCGACCAACAACAGAACGGCUUCAACAACGGUCUCAACAACCUCUUCCGCUCCACCGGCCGCCGCCGUGAACGCAACGAUGUCUCCACCGUCAUGAUGGUCGUCACGCAGAUCAAUGUAGCCGUCGAUGACGGCCGUGGCAACCAAUUCCAGCAAGAAGUCUUUGCUCAGAGCAUCGUUGUCGCCAACCGUGGCCAACAGCGAUCCGAGACCGUCAUGCUUUUUGAAGCCCGCACCCUCGUUGCUGCAGACAUCGUCGGCAAGGGCUUUGGGAACGGUGUUGGUGGAAACGGCUUUGCAGGCAUCAGCGGUGCUGCCGUCCUCCCCACCAAGACCCGGGGUGUUGAACUUCUUGCCGCCCGCCCUACCUGGACUUCCGUCAUCGACGAUGCCGCUGCUCAGCAGGGUGCCAUCUGGCAGGCAGAGAUCGAGAACCUCCAGAAAGCCGAGCAAGACGCCGCUGACAACGAGCUCAACAAGCAACUCGGUCAGCAGGAAGCUGAGCAGAACAAGGAGGGUGAGCAGGCGGCACAGCAGGAGGCCGAACAACAGAAACAGGAAGCUGAGCAGCAAGCCGCCAACGAAGCUCAGCAGGGGGAGCAGAACCAGGAAGGCGAGCAAAAGGCUGAGGGCGAGCAACAACAGGCUGAAGGCGCCGAGCAACAGCAAGGCGAACAGAAGCAGGAGUAG